AUGAGUUCGAGCCAACGAGGAAUUCAAGCCAAACGAUUUCAAGCAAACAAGGAAUUCAAGCCAAAUGAGUUCGAGCCAACGAGGAAUCCAAGCCAAACGAUUUCAAGCAAACAAGGAAUUCAAGCCAAAAGAGUUCGAGCCAACGAGGAAUCCAAGCCAAACGAUUUCAAGCAAACAAGGAAUUCAAGCCAAAUGAGUUCGAGCCAACGAGGAAUCCAAGCCAAACGAUUUCAAGCAAACAAGGAAUUCAAGCCAAAUGAGUUCGAGCCAACGAGGAAUUCAAGCCAAACGAUUUCAAGCAAACAAGGAAUUCAAGCCAAAAGAGUUCGAGCCAACGAGGAAUCCAAGCCAAACGAUUUCAAGCAAACAAGGAAUUCAAGCCAAAUGAGUUCGAGCCAACGAGGAAUCCAAGCCAAACGAUUUCAAGCAAACAAGGAAUUCAAGCCAAAUGAGUUCGAGCCGACGAGGAAUUCAAGCCAAACGAUUUCAAGCAAACAAGGAAUUCAAGCCAAAAGAGUUCGAGCCAACGAGGAAUCCAAGCCAAACGAUUUCAAGCAAACAAGGAAUUCAAGCCAAAUGAGUUCGAGCCAACGAGGAAUCCAAGCCAAACGAUUUCAAGCAAACAAGGAAUUCAAGCCAAAAGAAUUCGAGCCAACGAGGAAUCCAAGCCAAACGAUUUCAAGCAAACAAGGAAUUCAAGCCAAAAGAAUUCGAGCCAACGAGGAAUCCAAGCCAAACGAUUUCAAGCAAACAAGGAAUUCAAGCCAAAAGAGUUCGAGCCAACGAGGAAUCCAAGCCAAACGAUUUCAAGCAAACAAGGAAUUCAAGCCAAAUGAGUUCGAGCCAACGAGGAAUCCAAGCCAAACGAUUUCAAGCAAACAAGGAAUUCAAGCCAAAAGAGUUCGAGCCAACGAGGAAUCCAAGCCAAACGAUUUCAAGCAAACAAGGAAUUCAAGCCAAAUGAGUUCGAGCCAACGAGGAAUCCAAGCCAAACGAUUUCAAGCAAACAAGGAAUUCAAGCCAAAUGAGUUCGAGCCAACGAGGAAUUCAAGCCAAACGAUUUCAAGCAAACAAGGAAUUCAAGCCAAAAGAGUUCGAGCCAACGAGGAAUCCAAGCCAAACGAUUUCAAGCAAACAAGGAAUUCAAGCCAAAUGAGUUCGAGCCAACGAGGAAUCCAAGCCAAACGAUUUCAAGCAAACAAGGAAUUCAAGCCAAAAGAGUUCGAGCCAACGAGGAAUCCAAGCCAAACGAUUUCAAGCAAACAAGGAAUUCAAGCCAAAUGA